UUUUUUAAUACGUAAGCGACUGGUGGGCUGGUGGUUUGUUGCAGUGCAUACGCCUCCGUGCAGUGUGCAAGUGUGGUCGUGUACUUGCCGCGUUUGAGGCGUAAGUUCUCGAGGGUUUGUGCUAACGUUUCCACUCAACUUGGUGCUAAAACUGCCACCGUCACGUCCCAAUGUCCAACGCACUUCGCGUCGUCAACUUGCUCCAACAAGUGUCGCGGGCAUCAUGCCGGUGUCCAGCUCACGCUGCAGUUUCGUCCGCUCAAGGUGUUAGAGACAGCCACCAUGACCACCAGGUGGACCUCCCGAAGAGUGACUAUGCAUUCGAGAUGGCCUGCUCCAACAUCCGCUACGGACCCGGGGUGACCCGCGAAGUUGGAAUGGACAUGAACAACUUGGGCGCGAAAAACGUCUGCCUUAUGACGGAUCCGAACCUGGUGAACUUGCCGCCCGUUCAGGACACAUUGGACUCUCUGCACCGGCACAAUGUCAACUACAGCUUGUUCAGCGAAGUCUGCAUCGAACCCACCGACGAGAGCUUCCAAAGGGCCAUAGGGUUUGCCCGUGCAUCGGAGUACGACGCCUUCUUGGCAGUGGGUGGUGGCUCCACCAUCGACACGUGCAAGGCCGCCAACCUCUACUCGUGCAAUCUCGAACGAGACUUCCUGGACUUCGUCAACGCCCCCAUUGGCCGUGGUGUUCCCAUACCUUCGAACCUCAAGCCUCUGGUCGCAGUGCCCACGACGGCUGGCACGGGCAGCGAGACGACGGGCGUGGCCAUCUUCGACUACCUGCCGCUGCGUGCCAAGACGGGCAUCGCGCACCGCGCCCUCAAGCCCACGCUUGGCAUCGUUGACCCAUUGCAUGCCCUCCACAUGCCAGAGAGAGUGGCCGCCUACAGUGGAUUUGACGUGCUCUGCCACGCACUGGAGUCGUACACAGCCAUCCCCUUUAACAAGCGCACCCCCUGCCCGUCCAAUCCCAUCCAGAGGCCCGCCUACCAGGGCAGCAACCCCAUCAGCGAUGUUUGGUCCCUCUACGCGCUGCGCAUCAUCAAGAAGUACUUCAAGAGAGCUGUGUUCGACAAGGAGGAUGUCGAGGCUCGUUCCAGCAUGCACUUGGCCAGCGUCUAUGCAGGCAUUGGCUUUGGCAAUGCCGGGGUCCAUCUCUGCCACGGGAUGUCUUACCCCAUCGCUGGCCAAGUCAAGGACUACAAGGCGGCUGAGUAUGUCACGGAUCACCCCAUCAUUCCUCACGGUCUCUCUGUGGUGAUGACGUCACCAGCCGUGUUCGAGUUCACCGCCAGCAUGUGUCCCGAGCGCCACGUUGAGGCAGUCAAGGCCCUUGGCGGUGAUGUGACUAACUUGAAGGAAGCAGACGCUGGCCGGGCCUUGGCCGAUCUGCUGCGCAAGUACAUGCUGGACAUGAAGGUGGACAAUGGACUCGCUGCUCUGGGCUAUGGCAGUGACGACAUCCCCGCCCUCGUGAGAGGCACCCUGCCCCAGGAACGAGUGACUCGCCUGUCACCACGCAGCCACACCGAAGAGGAUCUGACGCAGCUCUUCGAGGCCUCCAUGACUGUGUACUGAAUGCUGACACGGCUCGGGGUGCGAGGAUUGGCCUAGAGAAUCAAGCACGCCUCUUGCAACGUGGCCACCGUAUUUCAAACAUAGCGUGCCCCUGUUGGAGUGCCCACUAGGUGGGACCAAGCACCCAUCAACUUCAUCGCCUCUUGGGCACUCGUACCAGCGCUCAUUAGCAGCGCACACCAACUGCCCGGGUCACCCGAGCAAAGCCUGAGCUACGCGUGUAAGAGGCGGCAAUUGGAGGACCUUUCAUCAGAAACAAAGGAUUGCACUCGUUAUUCAGCACCUUCAACUUCACCAACGCACGUCACGCUGCUUCACAUUAGACCCGUUUUUCAUGGCAGUCUGCGAGUUGUAUGUGAAACCAGACGAUGUGGAGGCAAACGCUCGUCCAUGUUUAUAUCUGUAGCUGCGUGCCUUCAAGAUGCCUCACGGUGACUGCUCGUGACGAAAUUUAUCGAAGUGUACUUGGCACUGUAGCAUACAUGGAGUGCGUGUGCAAAACGCACAGCUGCCAACCUCUAAACCUUAAAACUUGUAAAAAGCCUCCAUACACAAUAUUAAGAGGGGGGAAUAGCAUGGAUGUAUUUAUCUUUUUUUCCUUCUUUUUUUUUGUCCCAGAAGCACACAUAUUUAUCGAGCGAAUAUGUUUCUUAUAACAAUUGUUUACCUGUACAGUCGCACCCACUUAUAACAAUAUUCAAGUGUCACGAAAAUUUCAUUGUUAUGACUGAUAAUUGCGGGUUGCACGAAAAAAAUCAAAAUGGGGGGAUGGCAGAGCUGUUGUGCGAAAACUAUAAUGGUGGGGAGGUCAGUGUCUCUCUCCGCCACCUUCCUACAUCUGGCUGCUGAUAGUGUUGACUCCUUUUUAACUGUUUAAUACUCCUUCCUGCACGCUCUGAUCGUGUGUAACAAGUCGCUGCUGUCAGCGUUCAAGAAUGGUACUGCUGUAGUAAAACCUCGUUAAAUUGGAUUUCGUGGGACAGAAAAACUGUCCGAAUUACCGAGGGUACCAAAAAAACAAUAAACAAAUGCUUUCUACGUCAA